AUGCUGGAAGAUCCGGUGCUAAAGGGUCUGAUUGGACCUACGCUUGCGUGUGUUGUAGGACCACAAUUUCAGCGAACUCGUGAUGGCGAUAGAUUUUACUACGAGAAUCCAGGCAUAUUCACUCGUGGUCAGCUGUUCGAGAUCCGAAAGAGUAGUCUGGCACGUUUGUUGUGUGAUAAUGGCGACAAUAUCAACUUUGUACCACGCGAGGCCUUCCGUCUCGGACGUAUGACGCCGUGUAGUCAAAUCCCACAAAUGGAUCUGUCAAGGUGGAAAGAACUCUGA